AUGCGUACGAUCUUCGAGGAGGUGGCACGCUCGUCCACGUCGCUGCCCUAUGCAGCGCUGGCGGCUGGCCCUCGUCUGCGCAGUGCGGCGGAGCGGCGUGGCGCCGUCGCGCAGAGCAGCACUGGCGACUUCACGGUGGAGCGCGUGCAGGCGGAGCGUGUGCCCGGCGCAGACGUGUGUCUGUCUCUCCCGCCGGAUGCAACGGAGGUGCUGGUGGUGACGCUCAACGACUUGGCGCCGCACCGCAAUGCCUUGGCGGCCGCGGAAGCUGGGAUGUGGUGGGUUGACCGCUGCAUGGCAGAGGUGUCCACCGCUGCCGGUGCGGCCCGACUCGUGUGCUGUGUGCGCGUGAAAGAAAUGAACGUGCGAAGGCUGUACUUGUAUUCGAGUGCAGACGUCGGCGAGGCGGUGCUGGCAUCGGUGGGGGCGGGGUCGACGGCGGGCGUGCGGCGCCUGCGAGUGCCCAACGCCCCCUUUGCGCUGCAGAUGGACCGCAUGGCGGAGCUGUGGGACGUGCAGCUCUCGCCGUCUGUCACACGGCGGAUCGUGGAGGUGGACGUGCGGUCGUGUCUGCGGUGGAGGCAGGCGGAGGUGAAUCAGCUUAUCACUUCAUUGAACGCACCGCUGCGGGCGGUUCGUGUGACGACCGUCUCGCUGCCCGCCAUCGCGCUGCUGCGGCGCUUCUACGCGUCGUUGCGUGUUCUUCAUUUAAACCGCUGCUCCGCCGCCAUCUUCCACGAUGCCCACGGGCUCGUCACGUACGACGAUGAGGAGGUGGAGGAGGAAGAAACUCGCACGGACUCUGCGCCGAACUCUGCGGAGACUUCCGGCAAAAUUCCACCUCCCCCACCGGCCCCGCGUGCGCCGUUGUCCGUGAAAAGCAGGAAAGCCACGAAGGUAGCCGCAGCGGCGUCAAAAGCUGGAAAGGCGGCGAAGGGAAGCGCCGGCAGCUUUCCCGCGCCUCGGCCUCGCCGGAACAAGUUAGUGCUCCCGCUCCCCGCCGGUGCAACGCCGGUGCUGGAGGAACUGCACAUCUCCGCCUCCCUCCGUCGCGCACUCCCGCGCUGGAUACAGCAGUGCCUGUACCUGGAGCGUCUCAGCCUCAGCGGUUGCUGCUACACCAACCUGGACGCCUUGCGCGGCCUCACCGGACUGCGGGAGGUAACUCUGGAGAGCUGCAACCGACUUGCUGCCUUCGACGUCUUCUGCGGCUUUACGCAGCUGCGAGCGAUAUCGAUUCAGCACUGCGCCAUGCUACGCAGCAUCUCCUGGUUGCCGAGACUGGCAGGGGCUCUGCGCUCCUUGACGCUCCACCAGCACAGCUCGAGCUCCCUCAUCUUGCCAGAGGGAGCCGCGUCUGGCGGGCUCGGGAUCGGGCUAGACUGCCUGCAGCUCCUCGACAUAUCACUGCCGGACAUGAUAAGGUUGACGCCCCUCGUCCACCGCGCCGCGCGGAUGCUGCGCGAACUAACCCUUUUCAACUGCUCGAGCGUCGAGGAUUUUGCCGCGCUGCCGCCGCUGCCGUCGCUGGAGAAGGUGUGCAUCACGCACAACCGCCACAUGCAGAACCUGAAGUGGUUGCGGGGGUCGCCGCUGCUCACGGAGCUACGGGCGACGCAGUGCUUGCACCUCAGCUCGCUCGCAGGCAUCGGCAGCUGUCGGAAGCUACACGUGUUGGAGGUCACCGGGGCCGUUCGCUUGAAGGACAUCAACGGCCUCGAAAGUUGUACCGCGCUUGCGUACGUGGACCUCUCCCAGUGCCGUCUGCUCACCAACGUCUCCUUGCUUGGUCACCUCAAGCACCUACACAAGGUUUUGCUGCGCGGUUGCAUGCAGCUCUCAAAAGAUUUUGAAUGGCUCUCAGAGUGUCCAGCUUUGGACUAUUUGAUGGUGCCGCAUUCAAGCUGGUACGUUGCCGCCAGUGAGCGACUUCAGCAGCUGAAUCGAUCGGGCAGCGUUUCACUUCAAUGA